AUGCCGCGUGCGAGGCUCCAAGCGGCGUGGGCCCACGCGCGGCGCGCCGAGCAGGAGCUUGCGGCGCUCGUCGAGGAGGAAGACACGUACAAUGGCUUUCCAGAUGACCUGCCGGGUGCGUACAUCCAGCUGCGGCGCGAGCACGAGGCGCUGCGCGCCAAGUACGAGGAAGAACGCGAGGCAUGGCUCGCAUUCAAGGCAUGGUGGCGCUCGCGUGUACGUGAGCGCCGCGCAAUAAAGCGCGCACAGCCCGAGCCCGACGAGGUGCCGGAAGCGCAGGGCAGCACUCCGUCGACGCCACGGAAACGGCGCACAGAAAUCACGAGUCCAGUGCAACCCCCGAUACCCACACCCCGCCGCAGCCGCGAGCGCGUGCUACAGCACAGGACGCACGUACGCCAGCUCCUGCAAGAGAACCCGGCGCUCUUUAAAGGCCGCCCAGCGAAGCCCGAGGGGACGCAGAGCCCCAGCGACGACGCACAGAAAAGUGCACACGCACGCCGCCAGGUCUCUUCACGACACCGGCAUACGGAUGCGCCGGAUCCGACACCGCCAGACUACUGGAUGCAAACCCGGCGUGCCUCGUCGCGCCUCGCGACGCGCCUCGAGGAAAAGACCGAGCCUGCGGUGGAUGCGGGGCAAAAGAGACGUGCGGAAGCGUCGCCGACGCCUCCUCGAGGGCGCGCUGCGCCGAAAAAAGCGCGCGCUGCGCCGAAAAAGAAGGGCGAUACUGCCCCUGCCGAGGCGGGUCCGAGCACGCCGAAAGAGCGCGUGCGUGCGCGGCCCGCGCCACAAGCGCCCUCUAGCGAGUCCGAAUCGGACUCGGAUACCCCUGUGCGUGUGCGGCGGCGUGCGCGUGCGUCGGCAUCGGCUGCCGAGAUGGCCCGCUCGCUUCCGCCCCUGUCGCUUCCGGCACGCCCCCACUCUCUGCACGCGCUGCCGGACGAGAAACUCGCGCAGCUCAGUGCGCAUGAGCGUGCGCGCCGUCUUUUGCAUGUCGGUGCGACGCCGGAAGCGUUGCCAUGCCGCCAGCAGCAGUUCCUCGACGUGCUCGAGUGCACGACCGAUGCGCUGCGAGCCGGCGCCGGCGAGUGUGCGUACAUCUACGGUGUGCCCGGCACCGGCAAGACGGCUACUGUUCGGGAGGCGAUCCGUACGCUGGAGCACCGCAAAGCGCGUGGCGAGAUCCCCGCCUUUCAGUUUGUCGAGAUCAACGGCAUGAAACUCGCCAGUGCCAUGCAGGCCUAUACGGAACUCUGGAGCGCGGUGCACGGCGGCAAGCGGCUGCACCCCCGCGCCGCCCUCUCGCGGCUUACGGCCCACUUUAAUGCAGGCAAUGGUGAGCACCGUGCGCCGAUUGUCGUGCUGAUGGACGAGCUCGACCUGUUUGUCACGUCGCGGCAGGAUGUCAUCUACAACCUCUUCCACUGGCCCAACCUUCCCGGGAGCAACCUCGUGGUGAUUGCCGUGGCGAAUACGAUGGACCUGCCCGAGCGUACGCUGCAGCCCAAGGUCGCGAGCCGCCUUGGCAUGACGCGCAUUCCCUUUAUGCCUUAUACCGAUCGCCAGCUCCUGGAUAUCGUGCGUGCACGCCUCGAUAUCGACGAGCAAGGCACGCGCGUCGGAACCUCGGCGGCGACCCAAGGAUGCGAGCACGUCUUUCGCGUCGAUGCACUCAUGUUUGCCUCGAAGCGCGUCGCGAACGUCUCGGGCGACGCGCGGCGCAUGCUCGACGUGUGCCGCCGCGCCGUCGAGCUCGCCGAGCACCGUGCCGCGGUCGCGGGGUGCGACGCGGACCCGAUCUCCAUCCUCGAGAUCCGCGAGGUGCUCGACAAGAUGGCGCGCUCGGGCCGCGCGGCGCACGUCGCGGCGCUUUCGCUGCACGCCAAGCUCCUGCUGUCGAGCAUGUAUGCGUGCGCACGACGCAACGAGGUCGCCGAAGUGGUCUGGGGUGACGCGCCGGCUCGGCACGCGCGGGUCCCCACGCGCGGUAUUUGGUCGUGA